AAAAUAAUUUAAUUUAUUAGACCUCUGUUAAUAAACAUUUAUAUUGUUCACAUAUAAGUGAACAUCGUUUGCCCAUAUUAUUUUAUGGAAACAUUUCUUUCAGCUGCCUUAAUCUAAAUCAAUUUUUUCAAUCUGUGGGGUAUCCUUUCUUUUCAAUGAACAAAUUGUUUGUAAUUUGCAAUGUUGUUAAGGGUUUUAAAUUCAUAUUAGAUUUUAAAAAAAUUAAAUCAUUAUUCAAAAGGUAUUAAAAAUGAGACAUUUUGCGCCAGUCACUACUUACGCUACUUGUAUUUAUCAGUCACACUUCAGUAUUGGCCCUUGCUCCACAUUGCUUUAUUUUACUUAAUUUGACCUGCCAUUUUUAAUAGAAUGAAUUAUGAGCUUUAUAUGUCUGGAGAAUGCAUUUCUGCAGUUAAGAAAGCAAAAAAACACUUGAAUGUGUGCAUUUAUGCAAAGGGUUAGGGUUUACUGGAUUUUAGGGUUAGGGUUUGGAAAAAAAUUGCCCCCCCCCCCCUUUCAAAAGUUCUCUAUCCGCUAAUGAUAUAGCAUAGCUCUAUAUAGAGUCUAGAUCUACUCACCGUACUGUGUAAUUAUCAGAAACAUAUUUAAAAUACUGUCAUUUAAAUUACUUUGUUAUAUUCUAGAUCUAGGUUCUAAAUCAUUACAUCUUACUCAUGACAUUAUGGUUAUCAAGACUCAAGAUCUCAUUUCAUAAUAAUGAUCACUAAUUAUGAUACCAAUGGAUCUCAUUCACCAAAACAAACGUAUUAUACUCUUAGUUAGCAUAGCGACACACCAUAAUUGAUGGACAUGACAUUUAGUGACAUCAUGGGUAGUGGUGUUUAUGCAAUUAUCUAUUAUUAGUUAGUUGGUAUUACUAGGACUUCAAGGUGAUAACAUCAAUUAAUGACAGAGACUCGACUGUGGCCUUUACAUAUUAAAUAUUGUCAAGUUAUUCAACAGUCUGGACUUAGAUCUUUGCUUAUCUCGUGAUAGUGUUUGCCUAUUAUAUCAGACUUGCAAGUAAUACACCCUUACAAGACGGUUAAUCAUCUCUUGAGUAAUUUGUCCAGGUCAUACAUACAUCUAGAAGAUAAACCUAUUACAAAUGCUCAUUUGAAGUCCUUGGAUAAAACAAUGAAAAAUAAUUCAUAUUAUCAACACCUGCUUUUGUAACAUGUCUAGUUAGCUUUGGGAUAUUCCAAGCACAAUUAGGUCUCUUGUCUUAGUUCAGAAAUGCCUUGCCAAACCAUCGUCACCAGGAUGACAAAUGUUGUCAUUCUUAGGAAUGAUGGAUGAAACUUUAGAAGCAAACAUCAUAGUCCUCCAGAUUUCUUUUUCAUGAUAUAAUUCUUUAGAAUAUUCUCCAUACCAUAAUAAGUAAGAUGACAUCUGAGCCGGUUCAAGCAAGAUGAUGUCUUGAGUUGGUCUAAGCAAGAUAUGAUGUUUGAAUUGGUCCAACAAGGCAGUGUCUGAGCUAGUCAAAGCAAACUGAUGUCUGAUUUGAUCCAAGCAAUAGGAUGUUAGAGCUGGUUCUAAAGGCAUGUUUGAUACUUCAUUAAAGCUGCUUGAUUAACUUCACAUACAUUGGCUUCAUCUUGAUUUCUGUUUGGGGUAUUUCAUGUUUUUAUUCUCCAACCAUUGAUAGCUGGAUGACAUUCGGAACAUGGACAGCUUUACACUGGGCUUGUAAGAGAAAUCAUGGGAGUGUUGUUAAAUAUCUGUUAGAGAAAGGAGCAGACAAAGCAGCUCAAAGCAAUGAUGGGCUUAUUCCUGCUCAGUUGACUUCUAAUGAAGAAAUCAGACAAAUGUUAGGAGCAUCCCAGGAAAUUCCUACAAAAAUUGUCCAAUUACCAAUAACCCCAAACUACUUGUCACAUCCACCAUUUCCUUAUACAACAAAAGACAGCACUCAAGUUAAUUCCAACUCUUCUGUCAUGAAUGCUUCAACAAAGUCUCAAGAAAUGACUAGUUGUCAUAAAGUUAAUAAUCACCUAGAGACUCAGAAUGAAGAGUUGGUGUUAAAAGCCAGGAUUGCAAACAGUGAUGAAAGAGAUUUCAUUGAAGUGGAACUGAGCCUGUCCACUCUGACCUUCACUUCACUGAUCAAUUUAUUGUGUGCUGAGCUUGGUGUAGAUAAAAACCUAGUCGCCAAGAUUCGGAAACUGCCAGAUACUAUUGUCAGAAAAGACAAGGAUGUCAGGCGGUUGAAAGACUUUCAGGAGCUGGAGCUGGUCCUAACAAACAAGGCAAUGAGCUCUGCCUCCAGGACCUACUGCUUAGGGCCUGCCAGGAAUGCAGAGACUAUACUGUAUUAACACAUUUGCUCAUCUGACAGUGCAAUGAAGUCAACCUGAGUCACUAUUUAAUACUUUAAACAGAAGUAGAAAAUGUUGACACAUUUAUCAAAAUCGGAAGAAGAAAAAAAUCUCCCUGCUGCCUUCUCUUUUUUGUCUUGUAGUUUUUGGGCAAAAUCUUUUAAAAUAUAGCUCUCUAUAAUAGUUUUGUAUAAAGAAAUGAUUGUAUGUUGAACUGUAAUGAAAUGAAUUGACUUUUAUUACUGCAAUAUUUUAUCUAUUGUCUUUUUACUGUCAUAAUACUUUGUGUACUGAGUCAUUUUUAUGUUUCUUACAUGGGUUAUUUUGACUUGCAACAUUAUAGUUGCUGACAUAUUGGUAGUUCAUAUUGAAUGAUUAUUAUAUUUAGAUGCUUGGUAUGUUGUAGCAUACACCUUCUGUCAAAUAUGAACAACACUGGCAUAAGACUUAGUCAUACUUUUGUUUUCUUACCAAUCAAUGAAGUCAUGAACAGAACAGAAAUCCAUCAUCAUUUUCAUAGAGAUUUUUCAACUUGAGUGGCCCCACAAAUAAUCAAAACAAGUUGACUUUAUUUACAUGUUUAUAACUUGUAGCAUCCAAUUUAGCUGCAUGGUAUAUUUUUUUAAUAUGAUACAUAUCUUGUAAAAUCAUCAGAAUUAGUAGUCAAGUGUGAUAAUGCACCACAAAUUCAAUGUAGUUUGUAUAUGUACAGCAGUGGAAAUCUGAGCCAAAUCUGAUGGAUUUAAAAAAAAAAAAAGUAAUUUUGUUACUUCCCUUAGCACUUAUCUUUACAGAUUUUCACAUUACACUCAAGUGACAAGUAUCUAAAGCAAUACAUGAAUUCCCUUGCUGCAGUCAUGAAUACAAAAUCAACACAUAGUGUAUAUAUAAAUUGUUUGAACUUCUAUUUUUAAACUUUGAAAGAUUUAAAUCUUUAGAAACUUUGAAAGACUCAUCUUAUCUUUUGAAACUUUGAAAGACUCAUUUUAUCUUUUGAAACUUUGAGACUCUUUUUAUCUUUUGAAACUUUGACAGACUCAUAUUUUGAAACUUUGAGAAUAUUACAGCUUUUUGUUUUUCGCUUUUUUUUUUUUUUUUUCUUUUUAAUUAUUUUUUUUUUUUUUUAAGUGGAUGUAAAUACAAUAGUGAAGCUAAGUGCUGAAACAAUAAAUGUAAUAUGCAUGCAUUAUUCAAAGUGGUCAUAGAGAUACAAGUUCAGCCAACUCCAUCAUUAGCCGUCCUAGAAAAUACUGGCUUAUACAUUUAUUUUAUUCCUCAAAAUGUAUAUAGUAUUUGUGUGUGUGUGUGUGUGUAUUCUUCUACAUGUAUUGAUAUAUUGUUUUAUAUUUAUAUUUUGUGAUCUGAGAAUCUUUGGCUUAUGAAUUUGGAUACUUUUAUAAUUUUAUUUUAAAUGCUAAAAUAAAAAUUGUAUCAACAAUUGUCAAUAAAGACACCUUCGAAUAUGGUGA